AUGGAAGUGAUGGAAAUCGCUGGAAAAGGUCCACUAAGAGCUCCAAUAACUCUUGCUCUCGAAAUGGAGUUCAUAGGGGUGUAUGCGAACUCGAUCGAGUCGGUCUACAGAAGACUUGGUCGAGCUAGACUUACAACGGGUAGAAAGAGGGUUCAGAGGUCACAGAGGGUACAAGAGGAACCUGAGGUGCUUGUUGCUGAUACAAUGGACGUACCAGAGGGGAAUGGAAACCCUUUGGGCAAUGGACUCGGUCGAGCUAGGCAAACUCGACCGAUUGGUCUAGGAGAUGCUCCAAACCGCCACCAACAGAGACAAGGGAUUGUUCCACCACCAGUGCAGAACCACAACUUUGAGAUCAAGCUGGGAAUGAUCAACCUUGUUCAGAACAAGAUGUUCCAUGGAUUGCCAAGUGAAGACCCCAUUGACCACCUUGAUGAGUUUGAUAGGCUUUGUGAUUUGACAAAGAUCAAUGGUGUCUCUGAAGAUGCCAUCAAGCUGAGACUCUUUCCUAUGUCUCUAGCUGACAAAGCUCACCAAUGGGAGAAGAGCUUGCCCCAUGGCACAAUCACCACUUGGGAUGAAUGCAAGAAGGCCUUUCUUGCUAAGUUUUUCUCCACCGGUCGCACAGCCAAGCUUAGAGGAGAGAUAUCCAGCUUCAUCCAGCGAAACAAUGAGACAUUCGCAGAGGCUUGGGAGAGGUUCAAAGGCUACACAAGUCAGUGCCCACACCAUGGAUUCAACAAUGAAUCACUACUCUCCACUCUUUAUAGAGGAUGCUUGCCUAGGUAUAGGGAGAUGCUGACACAGCUAGCAAUGGGAACUUCCUCAACCAGGAUGUAG